GACAAUUCAAAACAACUUCUAAUAAACCAAACUAUAAUAAGGUUUUGAGUUCUGUUAGACAAAACAAAAGUGGAGUGAUAGAGUGAGAGAUGCAAAGAGGAUGGUCCUUCUACAAGGAUUUUCUGCCAGUUGUGGUGAUUAUAGGCAAUGAAUUCAAUGACAUGGGUACACUCACACUCUUCAAAGCAGCCACACUGCAAGGGAUGAACAACCAUGUCUUUCUGGCCUAUGCUUAUGCUCUUGCUACCAUUAUACUCAUUCCUAUCACUUUUUUCAGCAGAAGAUCAAGAGUGGUUCCUGUUCCUCCACUUAGUUUCUCCAUAGUAUCCAAAAUAGUUCUUCUUGGGGUGAUAGGAAGUUCAUCUCAGGUACUGGGUUAUGCAGGCAUUAGCUACAGUUCUCCAGCACUUGCUUCAUCAAUUGGCAAUCUGGUACCUGCUUUCACCUUCAUCCUUGCCGUAAUUUGCAGGAUGGAAAAGUUAGCUGCCAAAAGUAGAAGUAGUCAAGCUAAGGUGAUUGGAAGCAUAAUAUCAAUAGCAGGUGCAUUUGUAUUGACUUUCUACAAAGGACCAUCAAUCAUCAAUGCUCUCACACAUCUUCCCUUACUACUUCAACAGCCAAUUAACUUUCUUAAAUCAGAGGAUGAAAGUUGGGCUAUUGCUGGCAUUCUGCUGAUAGCUGACUACUUUCUGGCUUCAGUAUGGUACAUUGUACAGGUGGAUAUCUUGAAAGUGUUCCCGGAUGAACUAACUACAGUUUUCUUUUACAAUGUGACUGCCACCAUAUUAUCUACUACUGUUGGUUUCUUUGCAGUUCCAAAUGCUAGUGCUUGGAAAAUAGGACUAGAUAUUUCACUGAUAUCCAUUGUUUGCUCUGGAAUAUUUGGGAAGUUAAUGAGCAAUGUAGUUUAUGCCUGGGCACUGUAUUUAAAGGGGCCUGUCUAUGUAACAUCCUUCAAGCCACUCCAAAUUGUUAUUGCUGUUGCAAUGGGUGUUAUGUUCCUUGAUGAUAGUCUUUACAUUGGAAGUGUAGUUGGAGCCACAAUAGUAUCAAUUGGUCUUUAUGCUGUAUUGUGGGGCAAGGCAAAAGAAGAGAUAGAGGAAGAUGUUGGUAGCCAAGAAUCACCAACUAUUGAGAAUGUUCCUCUAUUGCAAAGCCACAGAACUGAAACAUCAGAAAAGAAUGUUUAAAAGACAAGUACAAACUCUUCCACAUUCUUAUCAUCAUAAAAAAACAUAAAGAAUCCAUUUUCUAGGCAUACAACAGCAUAGUACACAUACAUGACUGAGGGUCAAAGCUUUGGAUUCAUUGUCCCCCAAGAUGAUCCUGUGCUGCUUAUACCUAAGUUGUUGACUUGUUUUCCUCUAAAAUAAAGCGAAUGGAAGAUUUUCAGUAUGUAUGACAUUGGAUGGGAUUGCAUUCAGUUAAAGUUCUUUCUUGUCUCCUUUCACCAAUGAGCAAACUAAGGGUGGUUAUACAUAGCAUGCUGUUACUUGUGAUAUAUACGUACUGUACACUUGCCUUAGAAUGGAACCGAUACUGUUCUUUCCACAAACGGGGAGCAACCUUUCUUCAAGUGUUUUAUGGAAAAAAUGACAUCUUUCUGUCUAGCUAGUAGCCUGUCAGACUCAAUAUGACGAUGUAUGGAUACGUAUAUAAUAUGAAUGUAGGUUAAUUGUUGAGAAUAA